GCCCUAGCGUUUCACAAUUUCCCUGUAAGUUGGCGUGUAUAAAGCUGCGUCCUUUUUUCUUUUUUCUCCACCACCAGAUCCCUACAUUAUCUUCUCCAAUUGCCUAUCUUUCGAUUCAUUCCCUUUUCUUCAUCUCAUCGAAGGAAGUUGGCAGCUGAAUCUGCUGUGUCUGCUGCUUGUCAAAGUGGAUAGCAUUACGUUUGAAUCUUCUUUUAUGUCUGAACGGGCAUCUCUCAUUUUUUCAUUAGUUGGAUUGCUCGGAGAGUACUGUCCCUCUUCUAUAAAAAGGAAUAUAAGCUCCUCUUCUGAAGUUAUCUGUAUGCAUAUUGAGGCCGAUAACACACACAGUCCCGGUUGCCAAUUUAUGCAACCUAUUUCAAGUGCAAAGGGGGUGUCUGAUAAAAAAAAUUGUGUCACAAUUGAAAACACCAGUAUCUGAUAUUUCCUUUCUGAUUAACACUCUUCUACUAUUUGAUCAAGAUGGCUUUGCAGAAUAUCGGUGCUUCGAACAGUGAUGAUGCCUUUUAUAGGUAUAAGAUGCCCAAAAUGAUUACUAAGAUUGAAGGGAGGGGAAAUGGCAUCAAGACUAAUGUAGUUAAUAUGGUUGAGAUUGCAAAGGCUUUGGCUAGACCUGCUUCUUACACUACAAAGUAUUUUGGUUGUGAACUGGGAGCCCAAUCUAAGUUUGAUGAGAAGACUGGAACAUCACAUGUCAAUGGCGCUCAUGACACUGCCAAGCUUGCAGGGCUUCUUGAGAACUUCAUUAAGAAGUAUGUUCAAUGCUAUGGUUGUGGGAACCCUGAAACUGAGAUAAUCAUUACCAAGACACAGAUGAUUAACCUGAAAUGUGCUGCAUGUGGGUUUAUUUCUGAUGUUGACAUGCGAGAUAAACUUACAACUUUCAUUCUCAAAAAUCCACCGGAGGCAAAAAAGUCAUCGAAAGACAAGAAAGCAAUGAGGAGGGCUGAAAAGGAAAGACUCAAGGAGGGUGAGGCUGCUGAUGAAGAGCUGAAGAAGAUUAAAAAAGAGUCUAAAAAGAAGGGAUCCUCUACUACUACUUUGAAGGCUGCUGCUCCCAAAAGUGCAGUAACAAAGAAGAAAGGUAAGAAUUCUGAUGAGGAUAACUCCCCUGAACAAAGCCAGGCUGAUGAGAAUGUGGCAGCUAGCGAUGACGACGAUGAUGUCCAGUGGCAAACAGAUACCUCACUGGAGGCUGCUAAGCAACGGAUUCAGGAGCAGUUGAGUGCUGUUACUGCAGACAUGGUGAUGCUAACUACCAGUGAAGAGAAGAAAAAGUCGGUGCAGAAGUCUCCAGAGCAUGAUGUUAACGCUACUGAAAAAGUUGUCAGUGCCCAUGAGAAACUUGUUAAUGAGAUAAAGGAACAUCUCAUGCAGGGGUCUUCUCCUACUCAGCUUAAAUCCUUCCUAGGCUCGCUCUCUGGAGCCUCGUCCGAAGAAAUCAUGGAUGCCCUUUUUACUGCACUCUUUGAUGAUGUCGGGAAGGGGUUUGCGAAGGAAGUAACUAAAAAGAAGAACUACCUCGCAGCAGCAGCAGCUGCCACCAAAGAAGAGGGAUGGCAGAUGAUGCUCCUUCAUUCUAUCGAGUCGUUUUGCGGCAAUGCUAGCCCUGAUGCAGCAAAGGAGGUGGCUUUAGUUAUUAAGGUGUUGUAUGAUGAUGACAUCUUGGAAGAAGAGUUCAUCAUGGAAUGGUACCAGAAAGGUAUGGACGGUGGUAACAAGAGUUCUCAGAUAUGGAAGAAUGUGAAACCCUUCAUCGAGUGGCUCCAGAAUGCCGAGUCUGAGUCAGAGGACGAGUGAUCUUGAUAUAGUUGCUUUCUGAUUUUAUUUCUAGUAUGUUUCUCUUUUGGUCUUGUUGGUACUAAUAAAGUACAGCGAGCGAGGUCCUACAUGCUCUCUGUUUUUUGAGUCUGGUUUUCUUCAGUUGCUUGUUCUUAAAGACCGCACUUCCGUCUGCUUUUAUAUUUGAAUCGAGUUUGCUGUUUUGUUUUGU